UGAGUUUAUUUGAUAUUGUAGAACAUGUGGUGUGUUUUCUUUACUCAAAUUGUUUUAUGUUACAGCUGAGGCGUGCUAAUCAGUUAAUUUAAGAUAUGGCCUGAAACAUUAGUGUGUUCAUCAUCAGACAAAGGAAAUAAUGUCUCGCACUAAAGUCUCCCAUCAUCCAGUCCACCAACCAGAAAUGGUUUUAUUGCAACCAGUUAUAAAAGCAGCUGUGCUGCAGCCAAGGGUUUUAAUAUAAACCAGUUGAAGUAUAAUGUUUGCAAUCCUUAUGACAGACUGCUUAUAUGACAGGUCACCUUUACUUCAGUGACUAUUACGACAAUCCAAUGGACAAGUUAAAAUUUUUUAAGUAGAAUCUUCAACAGUUACAAUGAGGUGUUCAACUUUGGCCAUACCCUGCCCUGUCUUAGGGCCCUACAGAAAGUAAAUCUGAAGUAAACAACUAGAAAUGGUUUCAGAGUUAAAAAAGAAUUUGGUAUUGAGAAGCAAAUAAUAGAUGGUGUAUGGCUAGACUUGAUACAAGAAACAUACUACAGAAUAGUACACAAGACAAUCCAACAAAUUCAUAUCUGAGAAUACUGUUAACGGAAAAAAAACCUUGACCUGCCUAAUACCAAUGUCUACCUAAAAUGAAAGAAAAAAAAAGGUAAAUUGUGCUACGCUACAGUAACUCGUAUAUCGCCCCUGGUCAUGAAUGAAUUUAUAAUAGAAGCCUUAAAUUAGGUAAACUACUGAUAAAUCAUGUGCUGCAGCAGAAUGGAAAUUCAAAAGAUUUGAACAAAAUUCUUACAUUGUCUCGUAAGGCUGUCUCUGAUGAAGAUGAAGCAAGAUUUUUUCGAUUUGGGGUUCCAGUCAUGGCGUUCAAACAAAGAGCCUUCUAAAUCUGUGUCACUUCAUUGUUAUGCUGGUUACAAAUAAAUAAAUAUAUGUCAAUAACAUUUGUGAUAUUUUAAUCAUUGCUAUACCACACCCACCACAGGAUAUGGGAACAGGAAGUAGAUAUGUAAAUCACUCCUAGGUAUAAAUUGCCAAGUAACGAAACACUUGACACAGUAGUACUAAAUAUCGUGGAACACGAUGCACUAUAUUCUUCUUACGGAACUGGAAACUACUAGCUUCACAUCCUGUAAAUUACAGGGAUUACAGACAUAUGAAAUACUAAGUCUAGAGAGAAAAUUUACCGAUUUAAAUUUACUAAAUAGCAAACAAGAACAUUUUUUUGAAGUUGAUACUCAAGGAAUUAACGUUCUAAAUAUUUUAUCUGGCAAUGAGUACAAUUACAGGAUCAUAAGCCAAUCCAUGGCAAUGGAGAAAACCAAUAUUGGCGGUAGGACCAUACAAGUUCAAAAGUUGGUGUGGACACUAGGACGAACAUAAUGUACAAAAAUAAUUAAUUUAUUAAUAAAGAAAUAUAAAAAUA